CUCUUCUCACCGAUUGGUUGAGCUACAAUUUGCCUUGAUGUGUUUACAGUCUCGUCAAAACAGAACAAUUCUUUAGGAACAAAAAAUACUCAAUUUUUAUCGAACUAUGGAUAACUUGAAACAACAAGUUAUGAUAAAUCAAUUCGUCCACGCAGCUGGAUGUCAUGCAGAACAAGCUAAACAAUUCUUACAGGCAGCACAAUGGCAAUUUGAGGUAAAAAUGAGACCUUACCGUAUUCGACUUUGACUGUCUAAAAUGUAAACAUGGCCGAAUGUUUAUCAUUCAAGUGUGGCGUGCUCAUUGAAAGUGCGCACUUUCUAAACAUUAUAUUAAUUUAUUAUUGUGUAUAGUAUGUGUUUUAAAUUUACACUAAUGUGCGAAAAUAACAUUUUUGUAUAUUUUUUCCUUUUCAGGCAGCACUAAGUAUGUUUUUUCACCAAGAAUCAACAGUUCCUACUAUGUGUAGAACGUGUAACAGGAGUCACACAAAUGGAAAUUAUCCGGUAACAACCGAUUUUCUUGCUUGAUUUUACAAAUAAUUAUGCUGUGUGGUUGAGAGAAAAACUUAACUGUUAUUCAUUUGGUUUUGUUACACAUGUUUUACACUUAUUUAUAAUGUAUCACUCUUCUUUAUAAUGAUCUACCAUGACCAUGCCCCUGUCCCAUGCUAUUUAAAUAGCAACCUAAAAGUCAAAAUGCUUAGUUUAGGCUUAAAAAAGUAAUUUGAUCAUUGAUGUGGUAGGUAUGACUAUUCCGAUCAUUGAUGUGGUAGGUAUGGCUAUUCCGCCUAGAGCAGUGUUUCCCAAUGCCCAAUCUUUGCUGAAUGUGCUGUGUUUAGUCUGUAUAAAUGUUUUACCAGUACCUUGUCUCCCAUAACACCAUAACCCCUACAAAUUGGUUAGCAAGAUCUCACACUCCCUGCAAAAGUAUCAAUGCCAAUGCAUUUUGAACAUGAAAAACAUGGACUUUCGAUUUUUUAAAUUGAAUAUUAAAGAGAAUGUGGGCUGAUUUUUGGACCCUCCUGCCACCAUCAACACAAUUUUGUGAGCCCCUCCCUCCUAGAUGCAUGUCAUUUGUGGAUGGCCCCUUAUUUUAAAUCUAUCAUAUAAUAUAAAUGUUAAUGAAGAAAUUAACAAUAUUAAAGAAACAAUUAUAUCAUGGCAUAAAUGAGAAUUCAAUGGCUCCCCUGCUCUUACAUCACUUUUUUCACACACUGUGAAUUGCCAUAUUGCACCCCACGCUGGGAAACACUAACCUAUAGAAAAUUGACUGAUCAGUGCAGUUAGCUUAAAAUCUAGGCUAUUGAAGACUAAAUCAAUAUUGUUACUGGUACUUAAAUCAUAACCUCCUUCCAUUCAUGAGUUUUAAGGGUGUUAAAAAUCAAAAAUUGAUAAUUUAGUUAGACAUAGUCAGUCUAAAUUUUCAAAUUGAGGCACUUUUCUGAAGGAAAACUUUCAGUUUUGCUUACUGGUAUUUAAGUUAUUGUUUUUUUUUCUUAUAAAGGAGUUCUUGAGACAGAGAGGAAGCAUAAAUAAAAUUCCUUUGCUUUGCUUGCAUUAGAGGGUUGGUUAUUGUGAGUUUUAAAAGACCAUUUUUAAAAAUUAGUUAACUCAUCCAUUAUUGGUAACCCUAACUUGUUGGUCUAGUUAAACAUUAAUUUUUUUAUCCAUCCCUAGCUCAUUAAAAAAAUUUGAAUUUCCAACUUUACUUUUAGUCAUUAAUGGAAGAAAACAAUAAAAAUGGCAUAUGUUUUCAGUGCACUAACACCCCCACCCCCCCUUCUCAAACUCAUUAACACUCUUACAUAAAAAUAGUCUCAAAUUUUGUAAUCCAAGGUUAAUAAAUCUGAUUUCCAUUAAUGGGCACCCGCACUAGUCAAGUAUAGAUGUUAAUUUUUUUAAAGCAGCAAUAAUUUUUCUUUAAAUAUCCUUAAUAAUGACUAUUUUUUUAUACUGGAUAAUGUAACUUUGAGGUACUGUUUCCAUUUCUAUUCAAAAGAAUUUUUUUUUAAAUAUAUGAGUGAUGCAAAACAUUGUUAUACUUUGAUUUUGGAUAUGUUGCCUCACAUGCAGUGAAUUUUUAAUAGUUAAUUAGGAUUUAACAUUUAUUGAAUGUGUUUGGCUGGUUUGGGGGCAGUAAGGGACAUAUACCUUUCAAGAUGACACUUCUUGAGAUCAGCAGCAUUUGGCCCUAAGCCUACCGUAAUAUAUUUGGCAGAAUUACAACUAGUGGUAGCAGAGUUAUUUUUGUGAUAAAUUCUGGUGUGAGCACAUAAAUAGCUUACCAAUGCCAUAUUUAAAUAUAAAGCAUUUCUUUAAAUACUAGUAUAGAAAAUGAGUUAGAAAUAAAAAUAAUUUUAAAAGUGGAUGCAUUUAAUUUGUAAACAAAUUUCUCUUACAAUCUCAUUGAAUUUCUUCCCUGUGUAUUUCAAUCUGCAUUAGUAGAAUCAAUCAGUUUUUGUUUUUUUUGUAUUAAAAAAGAAUUCAAUGAGUAUAUUAAGUACUUCUUUUAAAUGGAUUUAAUAUUUAUCAGUGCUAUAUGUUAAGACUCAUAAAAUUGAUAAAAAUCUAUAUCUAUAAUUCGCCAUCAAAGGUCAAACUCAAACACCGCCACCACCACACAGGCUAUAUAUAGAUAAUGAGUUCACUAGCAUGCAAAAUAUAAUUCCCGAUAACUAUGUUAAAUAAUUUAUAUUUUUUUAAUAACGCAACUUCGUUUGGUGCGUAAUGUUUUUCGAAAAAUGAAAUCGUCUCAAUUUAAUUAUGGUGCAAAAAAAUAUUCUGUUUAAAAGUGUUUGGGACAUCAGAAUAUUUAAUAUAGUUCAUGGGCGUGAAAAAAAAAUUGUGCAGUGACGUAUCAUGGGGUUGUAGCAAAAAUUUAGAUUCAUAAAUGUGCGAUACUUGAGUUCAUGUUUUGUCAAGUAACUUUAGUAGAGAGGAAGUUCACGCAUUGCCGUCGCCAAUGUUUGGCGGGCUCAAUCUAGUUGUCAUUAAUUGUUCUAAUUGUCAAAUCUGGCAUAAUGUCAGUCAAAAAGAUUGACUAAAGGUUUCUUAGAUAAUAUGAAAGGUUUGAGAAGCAAUUCUAUUUCAAUAAACUAUUUAGUCUCAAAAAUCAUUAUUUAUUUCAUUUAUUUAUUUUUCUAAUAUGCAAACAAUAAGGUCAGAAUUAUAGCACUUUUAGGGAUUAAAUUUGUAUAGGCUUUGUAUCUUUUCUUACAUAUUUUAAGAUUUGUAAUUCGGUAUGAUUUUUAUUUUUGUUACUGGAUGUUCUCAAUCUGGUUUGCAUGAAAGUUACUGGUUAUUGAAAGACUUUUUUUAAACAUACUUUUUAAUAUUUCUGCUUUAAACACAAUAUUAUUAACCUCUUUUCUUGAUGAGAAAGCCAAAUAAAUAAAGUACAAUAACAAAAUAUUGUAGCCCUAUUUAAAUUAUAUAGAUUUUUAUGUUUCUUCCAAUCAGUGCAAUUCACAGGGAGAUGUACUGAAGCUUGCUUUCUUUGUCUUUGCACUUCUAUUUAUUAGGCAUUUUUACUUUUAGGAGACAUGUUCUUAUAUUUCUAUCAUGUUUGUUUCUUCUUCAGCUGUGUACACCAGCAAACACACCUGCAACUCCACCCAAUUUCCCAGAUGCUCUGGCAGCACUGGCCAAGUUAACAACAGGAGACAACAAAGUCUUUGGUUCACCUCACCCUCACUCAAACUAUCCAUAUCCAUCUCCUUCACAGCAAGCUCAGCAGAGCAUGGCCCAUUCUCCAAACAGCAUGCAAAUGCAGAUUGAAACAAACAGUAGAUAAACUGAAGAUGGUCUGUUCUAUUAAUUCGGCAGCUGGACAUUAGGACAAUAUUUUAUAAGGCUUUGACUGGACUGCCUGCUGUCAGUAGUAGAGUUUUUCAAAGAUAAUUCUUCACACUCAUCAUUUGAAUAUUUGCACAAAUCUAGUGUUCUGCAGUGCCGAAGACCUGGGUGUUUUCAGGGAUUGACACAGAACUUCAAAGUUUCUAUCUAUUGAUUUUAUUUUUGUAUGUUUUUUGUCACAGUGUGACAUCUAUUCAACUCAUACUUGUGGAUGCUUUGUUCAAAGGAAUUUGAUUUCAUAAGGGUACAACUGGUGCUUGAAGGGAAGUACUGGAAGACCAUCCCCUCCAAAACUGUGGCCAUGUUAUAAUUGUCUGAUAAACUAUUUUCGCUUAAUUAAAAAAUCAUCUUUGCUAUUCUCACCUUUUCACUUCACCAGUUUUGUAAGCUCUUUAGUAAAUUUAUCAUAACAUGUCAUAGCCAUCCAACACAUUCAUUUUUCUAGUAACGCCGAAUUUAAAUCCUAACUAAGCAUGCACUAUUUUCGAAUAUGAAGAAACUGGUGAUUUGUUUCAGAUAAUUCAUAAGUUGGUUUUGUUUUCAGUCAUGUAUCUCUCCCUUUUUACAGGUAAAUGUAUUGAUAACUGACAGAGUAUUUACCAAAAUACUUCUUAGAUUAAAGCUUUAUAGUUGGUCAUCUGUCUAAAUGAAAAUGAUCCUUUUUGUAAUCUGUUAAAAGGUCUUUAACAGAGUUAUGGGAUCUAUGCUUAUUUCCAGUUUUAAACAAUGUGUUUUUCAAGUUGACCAUAGCAAUGGGAAAUCAUUUAUUAUUCUUCCAUUAUAAAAUUGCAAAAUCCGUUUUCACUGAGUAAUAUUUACAGUAUUUAGUAGGCCUAUGUUAGUUAGUGUACACGUACACCUAUUUUAGUGUACAUGUAGACAUUUUUACCAGAGGUCAAGUAAUGCUGUGUCAAGAUAUAAGAUUAAUUUUUCUUCUGCACUGAGGUGAUCACAAUAGAUAGAAAUUUGCAAGUUGACAUUUUGUGUUGUGGUCACUAAAUGCCCAUGUACUGUUGCAGAAUAUAAAAUGUUUGUUUUGUAACCCACUGUGUGAUAUUGUCUGGGGUUGUUAUAUAUUUUAUUGAAAUAGUUCAAGCCAUAUCAAUAUUCUUACAAAUUUUCUUUAACUCACACCUUUUCUCUUCCCUGUUUUCAACACUAGAUAUCUCUAGCAAUAUGGACUUCAUACAAAAUAUUUCUGUGUCACAUAUGAUCUAUGUACAUUAUAUUAUGAAUUAAUUAUGUAUACAUUAGCGUUCAUGUGUAUUCAAGGAUUCUCUGGUCCGUAAGUCUUGUUGGUACAUCAGAUUUAAGUCUUAUUCAAAGCAAAUCUUUGUUUGUACUAUUUCUUACAUCUAAUAUCAUUGCCAUGGUAAAUGAUUGCUGAGUAUCACAUCAUGAACACUCAUAGUGAAUGUUUCAUUAAAACAAAAUUGACAUGUAUCUUCUAUUUUUAUUUUGUACACAACAAUAUGAAUGUAUAUAGUUGAAUUACUAUCAUGAAUUGUUUUAGUUUGGGUUGUUUUUUUUUAAAAACAAACUUUCUAGCCUGAAUGUGUAGGUGAUGCUAGUUGAAUGCCCUGUGAGGUGAUGCUAGUUGAAUGCCCUGUGAGGUGAUGCUAGGUGAAUGCCCCAUGUAUGUGAAGCUAAUUGAAUGCCCGACAUUGUAUUAUUUCAUGUUAUCAUUGGAAUGUACAAGUUUCUCAUUGAUUGUAUUUCUUUUGUUGUUGUUCCCAUGUAAAUUGUUGUUUUGUUGUGAGUGUAAUUCUUGCAGUCUCUUUGUGCUACUGUAAGUGGAAUUUUUAUGUUUUAUGAAAAUAAAAUAAAAACUAUUAUAAGAGAAUUAUCAAUUGAGCCUUGAGUUGAAUGUUUAAGAAUUUGGACAGGGGAGUUGUGUGUAAGAAAUCAAUAUAAAUACAUAUAUUUAUAUAUAUGAAUUUAAGCAGUAUCAACUUAUGGUUUUCACCUCUUGCA